UCUUGAUUUUCUUCUCUUCGGUUCAGUGGCUAUAUAUGAAAAUGCCCAGGCCAUCUUUAAAUUGAACAAUAGUCCAAGCCUUAAACGCUUUCUCCUAAGCUUUCUAAGCUUUUUGUUUCUUCCACCUUUCUCCUUGUAUACUAGUCUUUCGUUUUAAGCAGCGUACUGCAUAUAAACACCUGUUAUUCUUGAAAAAUUUUGCAUCCCUUUGUUUCAGCUUGAAAGAUACCCAUCUCUUUACCUAACUCAAAGCUUGACAUAAAUCUGGAUUUCCACCCGCUUUAUUCUAAUUGAUUAUAUUUUGUUUCAGGCUCUAACUCAACUUCCAUGGCUGUAAAAAUCUCUAUUAUUCAAAUACUAGCUCUGUUUUUUCCACAUUUGGUUUUUGUUAGCUCAUUGAAUUUCAGUUAUCCUGCCGUUUUCAACUUUGGUGAUUCAAAUUCAGACACUGGUGGCCUCGUUGCGGGAAUUGCUUUUCCACUGGGAUUACCUAUGGGACAAACCUACUUCCAUGAAUCAUCUGGGCGAUUCUGCGAUGGUCGUUUGAUCAUUGAUUUUCUAAUGAAUGCGAUGGGCCAACCAUUUCUCAGUCCAUACUUGGAUUCUAUCGGAGCCCCUGAUUUCCGAACUGGGUGUAAUUUUGCAGCAGGAGGGGCAACUAUACUCCCACCCACUCCAUAUUCAUUAUGCCCUUUUUCCUUUAAUUUGCAGGUAGCUCAAUUUAUCAGAUUCAAGACUCGAGUUUUUGAAUUAUUAGCAGAAGAUAAAAAUCUACAAAAGUAUCUUUUUCCAGAAGAUUAUUUCAAGGACGGCCUUUACAUGUUUGAUAUGGGUCAGAAUGAUCUUGAAGGAGAAUUCUACUAUAGAUCCGAGGACCAAGUACUGGCUUUCAUUCCAAGCUUAUUGUCGCAGAUUGAGAAAGGAAUUCAGAAAUUGUACACUGAGGGAGCAAGGAACUUCUGGGUUCAUAACACUGGUCCCCUUGGAUGUUUACCCAGACUCAUUACAACAUUUGGUAAAAAUUCAUCAGAGCUUGACCAGCUUGGGUGCGUUAAAUCGCUCAAUAAUGCCGCUGCCCUUUUCAAUUUGCAACUGCGUGAUUUCUGUACCAAGUUUCAGGAACAAUUUUCUGAAGUUAAUGUUACCUUUGUUGACAUUUUCUCGAUAAAGUUAGACCUUAUUUCAAAUUAUUCCGAGUACGGAUUCAAGGAGCCUUUGGCUGCUUGCUGCGGGAUUGGUGGGCCGCCAUUGAAUUUUGAUCCUCGGAUAAAUUGUGGGCAAACUAAGAAUCUGGAUGGGAGCAUAGUGACAGCAAAACCUUGCAGCAACUCUAGUGAAUAUGUAAAUUGGGAUGGAACUCAUUAUACAGAAGCUGCAAAUCGACAUGUUUUUGAACAAAUACUAAAGGGAAAUUACUCUUACCCUCUCAUGUCAAUGAAUGAGCCAUUGGAAAUUCCUGUUACCAUCCCACCUCAGUGAAUACAUUAGAUCCCGAACAAGCUGAGGAGCUGGAGUGGAUUGUAUUGGCAGUAAUUUAUUUAUAGUAGUUAUAUUUAUGCAAAAAUGUUGAAUUUAA